AUGGCGUCUCUUGUGCAGGAAAAUCACAAAGAGCUAAUGUCCAAAAUUCGGGCAAUCGAUCCCUAUCUCAAGAAAGAGCAAGAGCAAGCUGUUGAAAAACUUCUACUUGGUGAAGAUGUCCUUGCCAUUUUACCAACAGGUUUUGGAAAAAGUAGAAUUUUCCAAACAUAUUCACGUGUGAAAGAUAAUGAAAUGAAUGGUUGUUCGGUUGUUCUCGUCAUUGCACCUCUUUCAAGCAUUAUUGAUGACCAGAUAACUGUUUUACAUUCUUCUGGUUACUCUGCAGCUGACGUUAAAUGUUUGCAACAAGAGGAUCUGGAAAGAUGCGAUUUUAAAGUAUUAUUUGGUUCGGCAGAAAACGUGUUAACGACGAAAUUUCAAAACCUCCUUCUUGAUCGUCAGUCAGACCUUCAUAAGAGAGUUUGUUGCAUUGUUGUGGAUGAAGCACACACGGUAGAAACUUGGACUGGAAAAAGGUAA